AUGUUGGUGCGGCCACAAGGGAAGCGCAGGAAAUGCCGUGUGCGCACCGCAGGGCGAGUGACUGCCGCAAAGCCCCCACGGGUCAACCGAGCUUUGGGCCCCACGAUGAGCCUUGUGUGGGGGGAGAGUCCGCUCUCUGUCCUUCUGGCCGACCCCCACAUCUGGAACUGGAAGUGGGAAUCACUCACGGGUCUUUUCUGCACGGCUGACGGCGGAGCUCUCCAGAGCCGGAGUCUGGACCACCGCUGGAGUUCCAAUCCAGUUCAGGCCCAGAUUAUGUCACAACUUAAUUGGCUUCUCCCGAGAGCCAGCGUGAUGCAGGGGCUGAUCCGUUGGGCUGCAGAGGCGCAGGCUGCCAACUUAGCAUCCAAGUGCCCCUCCGUCUUUCUGGACAUUCCCAGCGACCGUCUGCCGAUAAGCGAGCAUGAAGCCUGCCGCCUGGCCUUCCCAGCUCUUUGGGUGCCUCCUGAUGCUGGCUGUCUCUCUGACCGCAGAUACAGUACCAAGGAUGACCUUCCGGAGGGAAUCCGGAAGCAGAAGCCCUGGGAUGGACGCAGGAUUUUAGGCUGCUAUGGUGAAGCCCACUGGGACUCCAGCAGGAUCCUCACACCGUUCAGCAAACCAGGGGUUCUGAGCUACGACACUUUGCUCCUGAGCAAAGACGGGGCGACUCUCUAUGUGGGUGCCAAAGAGGCCAUCCUCUCCUUCGAUAUCACCAGCACUAAGUCCAUCAAGCUGAAGGGUGAGAUAACCUGGAGGCCCAUUCCCAAGAAAAGGCAGGAGUGCAUCUUCAAGAGGAAUAAUGUCGAGACAGAUUGUCACAACUUCAUCCGCAUCCUGGUAGCGCUGAACGAGACGCACAUCUACGCCUGUGGAACCAACGCCUUCAACCCCACUUGUGCUUACAUUGAUGUGAAGACCUUCACCCUGGUGAGCGAUGCAACAGGGAAACCCGUCCUCGUGCCAGGGAAGGGUCUCUGUCCCUAUGACCCUCAGCACCGGAACACAGUGACCUUCAUUGACGGGGAACUUUACACGGCCACCAUGAACAACUUCCAAGGGAGCGAGCCCAUCAUCUCUCGGACCCUGGGAAGCAGGGUUGCCUUGAAGACCGACAGCGCCCUUUCCUGGAUGCACGGCGAUGCAGUGUUUGUGGCAUCUUUCAUCGCCCCAAAGCCCUCGGAUGAUGACAAAGUCUACUUCUUCUUUGAGGAAACGGCGAAGGAGUUUGACUUCUUUGAGAAACUGACCGUCUCCAGGGUGGCUCGCGUCUGCAAGAACGACGUCGGGGGGGACAAGUUGCUGCAGCGCAAGUGGACCACCUUCCUGAAAGCCCAGCUCUCCUGCAUCCAGCCGGGGCUCUUUCCGCACGCCGUCAUCCAGCACGCUUUCGCCGUCCCACAGCCGGGCGGGGGUGCCGUCUUCUAUGGCGUCUUUGCUUCCCAGUGGCAGGCCGACCCCCACCGAACCACUGCAGUGUGUAGCUUCAGCCUAGACGCAGUCAAAAAAGCCUUCGAUAGGAAAUACAAAGACUUCAACAAAGACUGUUUCCGCUGGACGACGUACGAUGGUCCGGUCCCGGAGCCCCGCCCCGGCAGCUGUUCAGUUGGUUCAUCAUCAGACAGAGCCCUCAGCUUCAUCAAAGAACACUUCCUGAUGGAUGAGAUGAUUGAGCCGAUCGAUAACAAACCUCUGCUGGUGCAGCACGAAGUGAAAUACACCCGGAUUGUGGUACACCAAACUCAGGAUACUUCGGGGACUCUCUACAAUGUGCUGUUUCUGGGGACAGACAAAGGUUUCCUUCACAAAGCGGUGGUUGUCGGCAGCGGAGUUCAUAUCAUUGAGGAGAUUCAGCUCUUUGGGAAGCCGGAAGCAGUCCAGAACCUGUUGCUCUCGCCUGAAACGGGGGUCUUAUAUGUGGGCUACUCCCAGGGAGUCUUGCGAGUCCCGCUGGCCAACUGCAGCGUGUACGCAACCCGCGCCGACUGCGUAUUAGCGCGGGAUCCUUACUGCGCCUGGGGUCGAGGCAAGUGCAGAAGCACUCGGGAAAACACAGCGGACAAGAGUGGCUGGCUGCAAGAUAUCGUGUUGAAGAAGCCCAGCAUGGGAUGCCAGCGCAACAGCAGGAAGGGCAGCACCUCGCCAGAGUCCAGGAGUGACCUUGUGGGCGUCUCGACAAAAGUGCUGAGCGCUCCCCUCCACACCAUGGUGAGGCUGCCCUGCCCCCAGCUCUCGGCCCUGGCCAACUACUCGUGGAGCUACCCCAAAAGGAAGAUGCAGGACAGCAUGGUCAGGGAGAACGACCAAGCCCUGGUGGUCCUCGUGCAGAAAGACACGCUGGGCACCUACGAGUGUUGGGCUGACGAGAGCGGCUGCCAGCACAUGGUGGCCCAGUACCAGCUGCGCUCCUCCAGCCCCAUCGAGUCAUUGCACACCUACUGGGUCCAGUUUGUCAGCGUGACGGUGCUUCUGGCCAUGGCCUUGGCGGGGGGCCUGGCGGCGGCCUUCUUCACCUACCACAACAAGCUGAAGGCCAAGAGCAAAGUGCAGGCGUGCAGCACCCCCGAGGCCAGCAAAGCCUCCGGCCAGGACAAAGGCCCCCUCAACACCAACCAGAACGCUCCCCAAGGGAACGAGUACCAGAUGCAGGGGCCUGGCCAGGAAGCGGCCGGCAGCUCCAAAACCUGCUGUGUCCAAGUGGACGGGACUUCUCAGGACACGGAUGCUGAAAACAACCGCUUGAACCCCAGCGUGGCCAACGGCGAGGGCUCCAGAGGGGCCGUGGCCAGGAACGGGAUCUAG